AUUGAAAUGCUUCGAAUUCACGUACAGAGCUACAGUAUAGUAGUAAAAUGCAGUCUACAAUUUUCCAAGAAAUUCAUAUUGCCAUCUGUGACGUUCUUUUGAAAAUGUGGAUUCUUAGUGGUGGAGUAGGGCCUCAGACGUUUAAUUAGAUUACCCCACGAUAGCAGACUAGUUCUCCCUCAUCCAUCCCACAGUCAGCAUGCCAUUCUCGUUAUCUGAUAUUCCAUUCUACAAAGAAAACGACCGGCCAAUUGUCUUUAUCACCGGCGGAACAAGUGGCAUAGGCAAGGUCACGGUUCGAGAACUGGCGCGACACGGCGCGAGAGUUUACGUGACUGUUCGUAACGAGGCCAAGGCUUCUGCGCUUUUGAGCGAGAAGGCUGAGUGGAAGAAUACGGAGGAGGGAUAUGAGGAUGUUGUCUGCGAUAUACGGACUAUAGAAUGUGACUUGAUGGAUCUGUCUUCUGUCGUGCGGGCCGCGCAUGAGUUUCAAACAAAAGAAGAGAAGUUAGACAUCUUGAUAAACAAUGCAGGUGUGCUGUAUCCAGAAUAUGCUGAAUCGAGUGACGGUUUUGAGACAACCAUUCAGGUCAAUUACUAUGCACCAUAUCUUCUCACGUAUCUCCUCCUUCCCUCGCUGUGUAAGGCUGCAACACCAAGAGUCAUCAAUGUCUCAUCUCUGGCGCAUAACCUGGCUUUCGGCUUCUCUUUCGAUAACCCGAAUAAAAAAUCUGGCUGGGAACUGAUGAACAAAGGCACGAGAUACGCGCAAUCAAAGCUGGCUAUCCUACUCUUCACAAAGGAAAUGGCGAAACGGCAUCCGAAUAUAUUGUCUGUCGCGGUGCACCCUGGCGUGAUUGUUGACACAGCAUUAUACGAUGAGCUGCAAAGCAGCGAUGCGCUAUUUGGCAUAGUCAAGUUCAGCUCGAAAAUGUUUGCUCAGUACGCCUCGAAAAUGGGCGCGAUCUCGAUCGAGGAUGGCGCGCUCACCAGCUUAUACUGCGCUACAGAUUCCGGACUUACGGCGGAGCUCGACAACGGAAACUAUUACGUGCCGAUUGCCAAGCUCGGGAAAUGCAGCAAGCAGGCACUUGAUGCUGGGCUUGCUGAGAAAUUGUGGGUUUGGACCGAGAAGCUGCUGAUUGAAAAGGGAUAUAUCCCGAGUCUUUAGAGUCUUCUUGUUAUACAGUAUUGUGAUAGAAUAAGAUAUCUUGCCAUGCUGUGCAUACACAUUAAAUUAUAAAUA